AUGGCUAGCAACGUGUUUCCUAUCGAAGUUCCAAGGCUGCUGCUGGCUGGGGCCAGAGGUCUCCGAGAGCGUGGCGCUCGUGCAAGCCGAGUUCCAGCCACGCCCGAACGACAUCAUCCUCGCCACCUUCCCAAAGUGCGGCACCACCUGGCUGAAGGCCCUCACCUUUGCCAUCCUCAACCGCUCUCGUCACGCCAUCGACGGCGACGCCCACCCGUUGCUCACCAACCUCCCUCAUGCACUCGUGGUGAACCUCGAGUUCCCUCUCCGCCACCUCCACCCCGUCGUGGAGCUCGAGGAGCUGCCCUCCCCGAGGCUCCUCUGCACGCACCUCCCGCUCGCGCUGCUGCCCUCGGGCGUCUCAGCGCUCGGCUGCCGUGUCGUGUACCUGUGCCGGGAGCCCAAGGACGUGCUAGUGCCACGUGGCACUACAUGAACAAGGUGUAUCCUGACGAGUUCCUCACGGAGUUUGGCAGGGCCUUCGAGCUGUUCUGCGAGGGGGUCUCUGUCUAUAGGCCUGUAUGGGAUCACUACCUAGGGUACUGGAAGCAGAGCGUAGCGGAGCCCGGCAGGGUUCUCUUCUUGACGUAUGGCGAGAUGAUGGUUGACACUGCCGACCAUGUCAGGAUGCUUGCGGAGUUAAUCAGUGUUCCGUUCACCAGUGAAGAGGAGAGCGGUGGAAUCGUGCAGGAGAUAGUGAAGCUAUGCAGCUUCAAGAAUUUGAAGGAACUACCGGUGAACUCCUCGGGUGCGACUGAUCCAAUUGGUGGGUUGGCGAUACAAAAUUCUGUGUAUUUCAGGACCGCCAAGGUUGGGGAUUGGGAAAAUUACAUGACCACAGAGAUGGCAGAGAAGUUGGACCAUGUUAUUGAGGAGAAGGUCGGAGGAUGUGGUCUUACCUUUUAA